UAGCAACAAAUCAACGUGCCUCAAGCAACUUAACCUGAACAUUUGUUGGCAACACUGGUCAGAAGAAUAGUAGCGCAAAGUUCUCCAACAAAUUGCAGGACAGUGUAAACAUGUAGCUAACAGGCGCAUAAUUAGCUUAUGAAAUUGCCGAUAUAGCAGGGAUAUGACUUUUCGAAUAGCAUAGGUUUUUGUUUUUCAGUAGCGCAAAUCUGUUCGUAUGGCGUAUUCAUCUCAUUGUUCGUUUAUUUAAAUCGCUAUUUAACAGGAUUAUCCUAAAACAGUUAGUUUUGAUUCUGUCCAGUAGUAACAAAUCGAGAUGGACUACUUGUUACAGGUGAAAAUAGGUGCCCUCGUGGGUUUGUUGCUCCUGACGCUAUUUUUCGGAUUUAUUCCUGCUCGGAUGAAGUGGUUCAGAGAAACCAGUGGGACGGAAACCCAUCGGGUGGUCCUGAGUUUCAUCAGCUGUUUUGCCGGAGGCGUCUUCCUGGCUGCCUGUCUAUUGGACAUCAUCCCAGACUACCUGUCAGACAUCAAUGCUGAGCUGGCCGCAAGGAGUGUGGACACCAGCUUCCCCCUCCCAGAGUUCAUCAUGGCUGCAGGCUUCUUCACUGUGCUCAUUAUGGAGAGGAUUGUUCUGAACUGCAGACAAGAUGCCAUGCAAGGGUCAGACCAGGAGGGAGCACCUCUGAUGCGGGCCAAAGGGCACAGCCAUGGGCAGGGGAAAGCCGCAUCCACCAACCUGGAGGGUAGUGCCCACCACGUCCACAUGGACCUCCAGGCCCACUCCUCCUUUCGCUCAUUCAUGCUCUUUUUCUCACUCUCCCUCCAUUCUGUGUUUGAGGGCCUGGCCAUCGGACUGCAGACCACAGACUCAAAGGUAUUAGAGAUCUGCAUUGCCAUUGUGGUCCACAAGAGCAUCAUUGUGUUCAGCCUAUCGGUGAAGCUGGUGCAAAGCGCAGUCCCGCCCAUGUGGGUUGCGGCCUACGUGGGCGUCUUCGCUAUGAUGUCUCCGCUGGGCAUCGCAGUGGGCAUUGGGGUUAUCGAGGCCCAGCUGGCGGCAGGCGUUCUGAUCCAGGCCAUCCUGGAGGGGCUGGCGGCCGGGACCUUUAUUUACAUCACCUUCAUGGAGAUCCUGCCUCACGAGCUGAACUCCCCGGAGAACCAGCUGCUCAAGGUGUUCUUCAUUCUGCUCGGCUUCAGCGUCAUGGCGGGCCUCACCUUCCUGGGUUGAGAGCAUGUCACCCACUGGGGCAACUGACCUAGCAGGAAUAUGGGGGUGGCUCAUAUGAUUCAUGGGACUUGAUGUUGUGUACUAAGGUCGCCAUGAGGGGAGGUGUCUCAGGGAGACGGCCAACAUAAAAAAAAAAAUCUUUUUUUUUCUGCAGGGUGUGUGCAGGGGAGAUUACUGUGCCCAUGUCUGGCUGCACCAGUGUGCCACUUUUAUUUGAGGGUCAUAGCUGUUCUUACUCAGUAUUUUUGUUUUUAAGGUUGUGAUACCUGUUGUUUUUUUAUACUGCUUUUAGCAUAGAUUUUAAUUUUACAGCCAAGGAUGGUAAGACAGUCUUUCAUUUUAAGAACUUUUAAUGAUUUCAAAUAGAUUAUAUUAGAUUGAUUUGUUUCAGCACUGGGAAAAUAAGUACACGGUGGCAAUAUUGGUUGUUUUUAUUCUGUGGCAUACAUACCAGUGGUUCUUAUUAUAUUCUUUAACAAUCGCUGUUUUGUAAUCUUUUUCACAUAACUGAGGAUCACUGAAAAAAAGAGCUGUUCAAACGGACAUGAUUGCCUGGUCUCUUUAGCAAAUGACAGGUGUGGCAAGGAGUGGAAUGUUAGCUAAAAAGAUGGGUACCCAGACUAACAUCUCUUAAUAGUCAAAUGAAUCUGUCUUAUGUAUACAGGUUAAAAUGUCAAUUGCAUCAUGUUUACACUUUUGGAUGUGAGCACUAUUUUACAGCCUCCAGUUUAAAUUGAAGUAUUACAUGUUUUAUCGCUGUUGUGGAACAAAUUGUUUUCACCUUGAACUAUAUAAUGCCUUACAAAUGACUAAAGCUGUUUUUAUUGUCAAACAGAGGAUAGGUGCAAUGAAAUGUGUUUUACAUGGUCAGCCAUAGUAGUACGGUGCCGCUGGAGCAAAUUAGGAUUAAGUGCCUUGCUCAAGGGCACAUCGGCAGAUGUUUUGCCUUGUUGGCUAAUAUGCAAAGACAAAGCAUUGUGACAAAUGUUACAGUAUUUAUUUUUAAGACAUUGCAUGGAACCUCAAUAUUGUCUGUGAAAUCAACAGAUGUGUUAAAUGUACCUAAGUAUAUCAAUGAUGAAUGUCUACAAUGUAUUAUUUUACAUGACAUACUUGAGUGAUUGGUAGGGAGAGACACUUGUCCUUCAGUGUUAAAACACCAUCUUGGUAUGUGUCGUUUUUACCUCAUCACUUUUUGCGUGGAGGCGUCAUUCCUUUAGUAAUCGGCAUGAUGCAAUCGAGAGAGUGUAUUGUCAGUGCCACAUCACGGAGCAAAAAUCCGAUCACUUUUUAGAGACCAUAAUAUUUAAAGAGAUUAUGAAGUUAUUUUAGAGAGGUUAAGAAGUUCAACUAAACCAUGUGUUUUCCUCACUCUGUUCCUCAUUGUGUUGAUAGUUUCCAUAUCCCAGCCAUGAGUCAUGUUUGUGUUGUGUUAACAAGGCUUCAAGUUUAUAACACUCACAAGUGACCCUCAGCUUCCUCUUAUUCCUCCAAUCUCCUCUGACACUAUUGCAGUAAAAUAAUGAUUAAACAAGUUGACUAUGAUUUUGUUUAAAGUCUGUCUAUUGCGUAUGCUUUUGGUACAUGCACGCUCAUCAUGAUUACUAAGAGAAGCAAUGGGGUUUUAUUUUUAGUAGGUGGGCAGGCUGGAGGAAUUGAGAUUCAGUGAUCGUCAGCCUGUGAUUUGUGUCCUGAAAUAACUGGAUGGUCUAACUGCAUUUACACAGGCAGCCCAAUUCUAAUAUUUUGCCCAAUUAUAGGCAAAAUAUCUGAAUUUGUCUGUAAACGCAGCCUAAGUGUCCCCAAACCUAUGUAGUUACGUCGGUAGGUAUAGUGUGGCACCUUAAUUGGGGAGAACGGGCUUGUAAUGGCUGGAGCAAAAUUAGUGGAAUGGUAUCCAACACGUGGUUUUCAUGUGUUUGAUGCCAGUUCCAUUUGCUCCAUUCCAGCAGCCUCCUGUGCAUUACAAUCGACGCAGUUUGUGGGAUGAACAAUUUCAAACAAAGGUAACAUUUUGAUAAUAGUAACAAAAUGGUCAUCUUGGGUAAUGAGGUUUAGAUUGCGUGCAUAUACAACUUUAAAUAUGUAAUUAGACAUCACAAACAGGUGUACGUUAAGCACUAUGUAUUUUUAACUAGGCAGUUAAGAACAAAUUCUUAUUUACAGUGACGGCUUCAGAACGGUGCCUUGUUCAGGGGCAGAACGACAUAUUUUUACCUUGUCAGCGCGGGGAAUCGAUCUAGCAACCCAACGCUCUAACCACUAGGCUACCUGCCGCCCCAAACGGCAGGUAGCCUAGUGUAACUGUAGUUACAUUAGACCUGCCUGUCUGUGCCUGUUACUACAAUGUUUACUGAUUUGAUUUAUUCUGUAUAGUGUAAUUUCUAGUGGAAAAUUAGCCAUAAUUUCAAUGAGUUGAUUAAAAGUAUAUGGUUUAUUACUGAGCCAUUUGUGCCACUAGGUGGGAGUAUUGGUUACAGAUUUCAUGUCCACACAGCAUCUCCAGCUGUUGGCUGUUUACUUGUACCGCAGAGAGCCUGGGCGUCACCAUGCCAAGCCUACUCAUCUCUAAACAUGACAUGACCAUAACAUUGUCAUUUGCUUUCUUCUUAACUGUCUUUGAACUUUUGGUGUUAACAUGGUAUCCGUGACAGUUCCCUGCUCCUUAAAACAAAGUUAAGUUUCCAAAUU